UUAUUCCCACAUCGUCACACCACGAUGAAAACUCUCAUCUACAAUGCAGCCUCAGUCCUCGUCUUGGUGUGCGCGGCCGCGCUGGCUGAAAAUCAAAAAGUGUCCUGCGUCAAAGGUGACCCCGUUGGACAAUGUGUACCGAAAAACGAAUGUGGAGGCCAAAACCGACUCGAAGACAGAAGAGGGUGCAAAAAGAACGAGCGGUGCUGCUUACUUUGUCAUAGUGGUAAGCCGAUUGGACAGUGUGUGAGCGCUGCUCCCCCGGCAAAAUGUAAAGGCAAAGAAAAACUAAACGGAAGAGCUGGAUGUGCUAACAAUCAAAUCUGCUGCGAGCCACAUUUCAAUGAAGACUGCACAUGUUCCUAUUCUCCAGCUUCGGACGAUCACGGAGAGAAUGGAAUUGCCAUUCGAGAUUGGUGUCGACCAUGGCCUGAAUGCCGCUUGCAAUUGACCCAAUAUGUCUUAUGAUAAUUUCACUGUUUCUGACGGAAUUGGAUAAGACAUUACCUUCGUGACUGAUAUGGAUUUGCAAUUUUAUCUUUAUAUGUACAAAUGUAGUUUUUGAUUUUUGACAUAAAUUGUCGAUUAAAGUUUGUCA